CGGAGCCUCCGCAGCCCCUCCCCGCGGGGGCCGCGCUGUGCCGGGAAUGGCGGCGCGGCUGCUGCGUGUCUGCGGGCGGGCUGCAGGACUGUGCCCCCGCCGCGGCUGCGGGGAGGCGGCGGGGCUGCGGGCCAUGGGCUUCAGCCAGGAGCAGGCCCGGCGGCUCCUGGGCGUAGAGCCCCGGCUCGGUCCGCAGCGCCGGGAGGCGGCGGUGGCUCAGCUGCUGCUGCUGGGACUCAACGCCGAGGCCGCCCUCGGCCUGCUGGAGCGGAGCCCGGGGCUGCUGCGGAUGCCGAAGGAGCAGCUGCAGGAGCGCGCCGGGGAGCUGCGGCGCCUGGGGCUCGACGGAGGUCAGCUGCAGCGGGCCGUGAGCCGCUGUCCCGAGCUCUUCACCUUGCCCCGGAAGAGGAUGGCGGCAGCGGUGCGGCUGCUGCGGGAGCGGUGCCUCCUCACAGCAGAGCAGCUCCGGGAGGUGCUGUGGACCUGUCCCAACGUGCUGCUGGAGGAGCCGCACCAACUCCACCACCACUUCCAGUACGUGUACUUCAGGAUGGGAGUCCAGCAGAAGGAGAUUGUGAAGGCCCGCCUUUUCCGAAUGUCCUUUGCUGAGCUCAGGAACCGGCACAUCUUCCUGGAGCGCCGGGGGCUGUACCAGACCCCAUACAAAGGACAGACCCAAACUAAUAACCCAAAACUGAAGGACAUCGUUCAGCUCUCGGAGAAAGACUUCUUGGCCAACCUGGCCUGCUCCACCCCGGAGGAGUAUGAGGUCUUCAAGAAACUGCUGGCUCGAGAGGAGGAAGAAGAGGAGAACAGGGGUGCGCUGUACACAGACAAAGAUGAAGACUUUGACAGUGAAGGAAGUAAAGCAGCCUGAGAGGGAGAAGGUGAGGUUCCAAGAUGCCCAUGUUCUCCUGUGCUAGUGCACUCCCAGGACCCACUGCGCUUGUGGGUGCUUAGGGCCCCCAUGCCACAGAGGCACAUGCUUUGGUGGCUGCAGGGCUCCAUGUGUGGAGCCCCAACUGAGGGGCAGCAAUAAAUCCCAUGUAUCAGAACACAACAAUAA